AUGGCGUUAUAUUUUUUCCCCAUUUUCCCAAAUGCCACAUGUCAAAAAGACACGCGGUCUACUCCUCCAGAUCAGUAGGUGGCGGUAGUCAAAGCGCCUCACAGUCGACCUGACGUUACAAACAUGGCGGUAUAUUUCGGCAUGGUCGCUCGGAUUGGGCGUCCUGCGCUGAGUGUGUUAAAACCGGCGGUUUCACGAUGUGCCGAGCGUCCGAGGAGCGUGGUGAUGCCGCAGCGCUGCUGCUGGCACGGAGCCCGGAGCAGUUUGUACGAGCAUGUCCGUGAAGGCUACAGCCACAAGCCGACGCUGGACAUGAGGACAGUGUGCGAGCAGACCGACAGAGUGAUCGAGAAUGUAGAGAACAGGAAGGGCGAGCUACGAGGACACGACGUCAGGGACAUUGUGCAUGUGUGGCAGCAGCUUGAAGCAGUGAGGAAAGAAGUCUCUGAGCUGGAGCAGCAGAAGAAAUCCAUCAGUAAAUCAUUCAGAACAUUAGUGCUACCAGAGUACAACCUGGCGCUGCAGAGAGGCAGAGAUCUCCGCAGCAGACUGAAUCAGCUCCAUUCCAAAGAGACUGAACUGGAAGAGGAACAUUACAGCCGAGCUCUCAGAUUGCCCAACACCACGCACCCUGAUGUGCCCGUUGGAGAUGAGACCCAGGCAAGGGUUUUGGAACUGGUGGGACACAAACCAGAGUUUGAUUUCAAACCCAAAAGCCAUGUGGAACUUGGGGAAACAUUAGGACUCAUAAGGCAGAGGCAUUUGUCUCAUGUGUCAGGUCAGAGGUCGUACUAUCUCAGGGGAGCCGGGGCCAAACUUCAGACUGCACUUCAGAACUUUGCCCUUGACAUAUUACAACAACAGGGUUUUAUUCCCAUGGUUGUACCUGACAUGCUAAAGGGGGCAGUGUUUGAGGGUUGUGGGAUGCAGCCCAAUGCUCAUCAGUCUCAGGUCUACUCACUGGACCAGGUCCGUUUCCCAGACUUAAGCCUGGCUGGGACAGGAGAAGUUGGGAUUGCAGGCUACUUCAUGGACCAUGCAGUUAAUUGGAAGGACCUGCCUGUUAGGACAGCGUGCAGUAGCACAUGCUACCGAGCAGAAACGGCAACAGGCAGAGAACCAUGGGGGAUCUUCAGAGUUCAUCACUUCAACAAGGUGGAGAUGUUUGGAGUAACAGCAGAUGAGACAGGGGAAGAGAGCUCUCAGCUCCUGGAGGAGUUUGUCUCUUUACAGAAAGAGAUAUUCUCUGCACUGGAACUACACUACAGAGUCCUGGACAUGCCAACACAGGAACUGGGCCUUCCAGCUUAUAGGAAGUAUGACAUUGAAGCCUGGAUGCCUGGGAGGAACAGCUAUGGAGAGAUUUCCAGUGCGUCCAACUGUACAGACUACCAGAGCAGGCGCCUCAACAUCCUCUACGAGCAAGAGGACGGCUGCCUGCAGUACGCCCACACAGUGAAUGCUACAGCGUGUGCUGUCCCUCGAACCAUCAUUGCUAUCCUGGAGACUCACCAAACCAAAGAGGGAACGGUGCGUGUACCCCGAGCCCUGCAGCCAUAUUUGGGUCUUGAAAUGAUAGAAAAGCCAAACUAUUCUCCACUGAAAUACAUCGGACCAAAUCAACGCAAACAGCCACUCAGGCCCAAAAGCAGAUGAUGCAAACACAAAACUGAUGC